GAGUAAGAAACCUCGUACCCGCUCAUAAAACUCGGUCCGCUCUCCGCUUCUUUCUCGUUUUUCGUUGCGUACCCACGGACCUCGUAUUCGGAUCGGGGUUAGGGCUCCGGUGGGGAGUCGAAGAUGCUGCAGAGCAGGAAGCCGGUGCCCAAUCUGGAUCAGCAGAGCACCAAAGCACUCAAUCUCACUGUCCUCCAGCGCGCCGACGCCUUCGUUGAGGAGAUCCUGUUGACCGCCACACAUGUCGCCUUGUACGCGUUCAGCGUCGAGAUCAACCAAUGGAGCCGAAAGGAGGUUGAGGGAUCACUGUUCGUUGUACUGAGGAAUACACAGCCUAGAUUCCAGUUCAUUGUCAUGAAUCGACGUAAUGCAGAUAAUUUAGUGGAGGAUCUGCUGGGAGAUUUUGAAUAUGAAGUCCAUAUGCCAUAUCUCUUAUACUGCAAUGCUUCUCAAGAAAUAAAUGGUAUAUGGUUUUAUGAUUCACACGAAUGUGAAGCAGUAGCAAAUCUUUUCAACAGAAUACUUAAUGCCUACUCUAAAGUACAACCAAAGCUAAAACCAGCAUCAAGUAAAAGUGAGUUUGAAGAAGUUGAAGCAAUGCCCGAUUUAUCUGCCGCUCCACCAACUACUGAUGUUCCUAAUGAUAAUUUCCUUAAGUUCUUCAAUGUACAUACUCAUACCGCUGCUACAGAAGAUGGAAAUACAACAAUUGCAGGGCAAGCCCCACUUGUCUCUACGGCUAUUCCAGUAUUGAAUAACAUACAAACCACACUCUCAUCCACUCGGCCUACCCCUAUUCUCCCAACAUCCUCCAUCCCUCUAAUAGUCCCUAAAGGUUCACAUGAAUCUAGUAUUGGGAACGAUAACCUUACUACAAAACUUGUGAAACCUUCCUUCUUUUCGGCAGCACCAUCUUCAAUAUCGGUGAAGCCACCUAUAUCAUCUUCUGUGAUGGGUGUUCUUCCAGUCUAUCCUCGAGUGGCAGUCCAACAACCAAGAACUACUCCAUUAUCAUUUCCACCGGCUACUCUAUUUGCCUCUCUAACUCCUGCCCCAAACUAUGGCCACGUGCACAUUACCAGAGACCACAUUGGUGACGCACUCUUAAGGCUUGCGCAGAAUGAUAAUUUCAUCGAUAUGGUUUAUCGAGCAAUGUUCAAUGCACACUAUCAGUAUCCAUGACAGAUAGGAGUGUGUUUACUGCCACAGCUUUGCUGAUGGGUCAUUGUAAGUGUUACGGUUCAUUUGUAAAGUCUUCAUAAGUUUUCUUUACCUUUCCCUUCAUGUUACCUUUGAAAGUUGAGGUCUGCCAUUUUUGAUUUGGUUAAACCUCGUUGUAUUUCAAUACUGAAUACCAAGGCUUCAUCUGUACUCAUAAACACUCUUUGAUUUGGUUUAUGUUUUUUAGGAACAA